AUGGCUGGAUCGAGUGGUGCUGAUCUUCGAGCACCGAUUUUCAAUGGGGAAAACUUUGAUUUCUGGCAGAUAAAGAUGAAGACCAUUUUCAGAUCUCACGAUCUGUGGGAUAUGGUUGAAACGGGGUAUAAUCCUCUGGUGAAGAAAGAAGGCGAAGAACUUACUGCCGCUGAGCUAAAGCAGCUGAAGGAGAACAUGAUCAAGGAUGCUAAGGCUCUCGGUGUUAUUCAAGGUGUUGUGUCCGAUGAAAUUUUCCCACGAAUCGCCAUUCUAGAAACAGCAAAAGAAGCCUGGGAUAUACUGAAGCAAGAGUUUAUUGGAGAUAAACAGGUGAGAUCUGUGAAACUUCAAAGCUUAAGGCGUGAUUUUGAAUAUACUCGGAUGGGUGAACAUGAAUUAUUUUCUAUGUAUCUUGUGCGUCUGUUUGAUCUCAUUACGCAAAUGAAAAGUUAUGGUGAGAGUAUUGGAAAUCAAAGAAUAGUGCAGAAAUUAUUGAUUAGUCUUCCUAGAUCCUAUGAUAGUAUUGUAGCUGUGAUUGAGAAUACACGGGAUUUGGAGACAGUUGAUGUGCAGGAUGUAGUUGCUACUCUAAAAGGGUUUGAGCAAAGAAUUGAGAGACACUCUGAAAAUAAUACAGAAAAAGCCUUUGCUAGUUUAAGUAUAGCUCCCAGGAAGAACAAUUACAAUGGCAAUCAAAGUUUUAAACCCACAAAGAACUGGCAGACAAAGAGUAAGAAAUGGGAUAACAAAUCUGUGCACCAUCAAGGAAAAUUUACUGGGCUUUCUGAUAAUGUCAAGAAUGCUUGUAAGUACUGUGAUAAACUUCACUUUGGAGAGUGUUGGUUCAAGGGGAAACCAAGGUGUCAUAACUGUGAUAAGCCAGGACAUUUUGUCAAGGAUUGCAGGUCAAAGAAGGUUACUCAACAGGCCAAUUAUGCCAAACAAGUGGAGAACAAUCCAACCAUGUUCUAUGUGUGUAUGGCUGCUGCAGUGAAGAAGGGAUAA